AUGACCUCUGAGGGACUAAUCGAUCUUAUCCCACUUGAGCGCCAAUUGCACCAGUUAACGGCCUCCAUCCGUAUUAAGGACGAAGAUGAGUCUUGGAACAAGGUGGCCUCGAUUUCCCAAGAGCUAGCCAACAACCUAAGGUCGCGAGAUCCGUUGGUGGACAAGCACACUAUUCUUGGAAAGACGGAAUUACCACAAACACUUACUUCACUUCUUUCCCUGGGAUUGCGCGACUCGCAUCUUCCAGGAGAUUCUAGGACUGCUCCGAUCCUGGAGUUAUUACGUGUGGGCGCUAAUCUUUGUAUGGACCACGAUGAAAAUCGCGCAGCAUUGCUGGAAGUCGGAUUUCCCCAAUCUGUCAUGUCGCUGCUGGAAGGUUAUGCAGAGACCAUUCCUACACCUCCAUAUUCGACGCCGUUACCUCUAUCUAUCCCCCAUCUAAAGAUCGUGCGAACCUCCAUCGGAGUACUUCUAAACGCGAGCAUUGGAUACGAUGCUGUCAAGUUUCGCUUGAUAUCUCUAGAAGCUGCAAUGACAAUUAUAAAGUUGUCGUCUACAAUAUACCCCCCUACUUCAUGGACUUUGCCCCACAAAGACCCUAUAAAUGAGGAAUACUUGGAAGAGUGGACCUUGAGGAGUGGUAUAUCCAAUUGGGCAUGGAGAACCGUCUCAGCUCUCAAAGAUGUUCAAGACGAAAAACCAUCGCUCCUAAAUGACCCCACUGAGGAGAAUCAAAACCUAUUCGACAGCCUUGUACAAACUGACUUUGAUUUUAUGGAAGAGUCUUGCACCAUAAUCGAAUCACUCUCUCUUGAUGUAGAAGAUUUCCGACUGGAGCUUGCCCGUGCAAUGUGCUACCCCACCUCCAGUAAGGCGAUCCCCUGCCUUACCGUAAUUCUCGACUUCAUCGAAUACGGCACUUAUUCACCAUUGUGGGCCAACCCUAUGUUCGAGGAUGUUGAAAGGAAAAACAAGGAAAAGGCAUUUGAUAUCUGCAAAGCUGCCCUCAUCAAAGCCAUUGUUGAAGUGUUUGCAGAAGAAAAGAACGAGGAAAUUUUAUGGACAAACGAUACUAUCGAACAAUCAGGAGGCCCCUUCGUCGCUCGUUUGGUGCAAUGGAUAAAGCGCUACGUAGAAGCUCAAGAGAUCAAAGAUACCUCAAGUAUUGCUGGAAGUGGCAGGGAUGAUAUGGCUAUCUGUGCUAGCCUUUCCCUGGGGAAUCUUAUUAGAAAAGCUCCAUAUGCCACGGCGCUAUUAUCUAAACCAUAUUCAUUGGCUCCAGUUCUAGCUUCCAGCCAUUUCUUCUCUACUUCAACGGAUAUUAAGCUGAAGCAUGGGAUCCUUGGACUGCUCAAACAUCUAUCUCAGUUUUCUAAAUUGUCUUCUGUUAUUCCGAUCUCAUUGGCAGAAGUUGGAAUUAUUGACCGUAUUUCUGCCAGUGGAAUAUGGGAUGAAAAAAGUGAUGCGAUGGCCGACGUAAUUCAACUUAACGCCAUCGGAGUAGCUAAACAUAUGUGCAAUGCAAGCAUUGAGCAUACAAUCGCACUUGUUCUGCCAUCUGACCCAACCCGUCCCAGUGGCCUUUCUCAAAUCCUAGCUUUGAUCAAACGCUCGGAUUCUGUAUCAAUCAGAAGUGAAGGAUCUCGUGUUCUUGUCAAUGUUGUCAAAUCGUUGUGGUUCGCUGAACGAUCCUCCGACCCUGCGGACGAGAAGCAGAAGAAGAGGGAACAAUGUGUAGCCAAUGUGCUCACACAAGAGUGUGCUAAUACCCUGACCGCCCUCAUUGGCCGCAGCAACAAAUACCCUAUAUUGGUAAACGAAGGAAUUGUUGCCGUUAGCCUACUUUGCACACAUAGAUUGGGCGGUCCACUGGUGCUAAACGCUUUGACGGUGCCUGUCAAAAACACCCUGCCAGCACCUCCGUCCAUAUCUGUCGAAGACACGUUAUCCCCAAUUAAUGGGGCCGUUCCUUCCCCAGAGGGCUCAUCGCGUGACGGUGGUUUGCCUGUUCCUCGACACGCACUUGACAUGCUUGUCUACGUGUUACGAAAUAUUGAAAACCCUGUCAACUUUCCGUACGAAGUUCGCGUGAACACUUGUACAUUCUUCCUCCAACUCCAAAGACAUACCGCGGGACCAUCAUUAGAUCACGUUCGAGACACCGUCCUACCCGUCAUUCAAGACAUUAAACAGGAAAUUAGCGACUAUCCUGAAGGUGUAGACGGAGAGGAAAAGCUACUUAAGGCCGUAAAUCUACUUAUCGACAGCUGGACGCGGAAACAACCCUCCGUCUAA